AUGACAAUGGAGAGAGUAACAAAGAUGGUUUCAGAGAGGCCAGUGGUGAUAUUCAGCAAGAGUUCAUGUUGCAUGAGUCACACCAUAAAGACACUUUUUUGUGACUUUGGUGUGAAUCCAGCCGUUUAUGAACUUGAUGAGAUAUCAAGAGGAAGAGAGAUUGAACAAGCACUUUCAAGACACGGUUGUUCUCCAUCUGUUCCAACUGUUUUCAUUGGUGGUGAACUUGUUGGUGGAGCAAACCAAGUAAUGAGUCUUCAUCUUAACCGCACUUUGAUUCCAAUGCUUAGAAAAGCUGGAGCUCUUUGGGUUUAG